GCACCCGGAAGCGGGGGGCGCAGCACGUGGGACAUGUCCGGGGUCGUGCGGCGGCCCGCGCUGUUCGGGCGGCUGAAGGCGGCGGUCAUUGGGAUGGUGCACGUGGGAGCGCUGCCAGGGACACCAAGAAGUUCUCUUCCGCUGACCCAGAUCGUUGAUCAAGCUUGUCAAGAGGCAGAAGCUUACAGGGAUGCUGGAAUUGAUGGCUUGAUAGUAGAAAACAUGCACGACCUCCCGUACACGGUGUGUCCCGGGCCCGAGGUCACAGCAGCAAUGACAGUGGUUGGUGCUGCAGUGAGACAGAGCUGCCCCCAUCUCCCACUGGGUGUCCAGGUCCUGAGUGCUGCAAACCACCAGGCAGUAGCAGUGGCUCUGGCUGCAGGUCUUGAUUUUAUCCGGGCUGAAGGGUUUGUGUUUUCUCAUGUGGCUGAUGAAGGGAUUAUAAAUGCCUGUGCAGGUGACCUGCUACGAUACAGAAAACAAGUUGGAGCAGAGAACGUUCAAAUUUUUGCUGAUAUUAAAAAGAAACAUAGUGCCCAUGCCCUGACGGCCGAUGUCGGCGUGGCCCAGACGGCCGAGGCUGCCCAGCUGUUCCUGGCCGAUGGGGUGGUGCUGACCGGCACAGCCACGGCACUGCCCGCGGAUCCCCGGGAGCUGCGAGAGGUUAAGCAAGCUGUGAAGGUUCCUGUGCUGAUUGGGUCUGGAGUGACUCUGGAGAAUGUGGGGAAUUACUUGGAUGCAGAUGCUCUAAUAAUUGGUUCGUAUUUCAAGAAAGAAGGUUAUUGGGCAAAUGCUGUUGAUCCUGACCGAGUAAAGAAAUUUAUGGAGCACAUAAGUCCACUGAGGGAAUGAGCUUGUCAGUAAACAGUAUUUGCUUGUGUGUGUGUAUGUAAAUGCAGCACGGUACAUUGUACAGAAUUAAAACACAAAUGUGUGGCUGAAUGGUGAAUAACAUCAAAUAAAAAUGCACAUCACCUCCAUAACUAGCUGGGAAACGCAGUGACACUUUGCAGUGAACUGGUGCUCUGAUGUUUGUUUCCAGGCAGCACAUUUCUGUGGUGCUCAAAGCCAUCACCAAUGCAAACCCAAUCCUGAAGGCUUGGGUGAUAUAUCCUCUCCUACAACUGAAAUGCUUAUGGAGUUUAAGAAUUUACAGUAAAUGUUCAUCACAGGAGAGCUGAGUUCUGUUUUGCCUUUAAGUACAAUAGGAUGCCCUAAGUUUACAGCUAAAAGUAUUGUAAAUUGGACAAGUUAAUUAGCCUUUCAGGUUCCCCAUCUGUAAAACGAUAAUAGUACCUACAUCACACAGGGGCUGUAAGACAUAAUGAAUGAAUGGAUGUACAG